GAAUUAGUUUCAAAUUCGUGAUUUUUAUUCGUCGUGGAAAUGUCCUUUCACGUUUUGUGCAUCCUGAUGUUUAUACUAGUAAACUUCGUGUUUCAUCAGAGUACCUGCGACCUCAUUCCACCACUUCACCGAUACGAUCGACCUCCGUUUAAUUACGCUUCAAACACACCUUUUCUCAGCGAACCAGACAUGGAGUCGUUUAUCCGCAACGAAUGGCGAGAUCACCCCACAACGAACAUUUCAACUCUAACGACUCCUUUAAAGGAGAUUCUCUAUACUGCUUUCAACCCAAACCAGACAAAAAUCAGAGUCUGCAGCGAUCUGCCUUUAUCCACUUACAAGGAUAAAUUCUCACAUAUUUUCCAACCCAGUCAAGUGUACGUCCAUACGCCAUCUUUAGUGGUACCUUUGAAAUACUUCAAAUGGGCUUUCGAAUUAAUGACCAUACUACUGAACGACGACGCUAAUUCUGAACUUCGCGAUGCGAUGAUCGUCGCUAUGAAUAAUCUCAACGCUUUGGAUCGAGACGGAGACUCGGAGAUGGUGAAAUUCAUGAAAAAUUGCCAAGCUGUAGUCGUAGUUCCUCGUUUAUUUAAAAGCAAUUAUUGCGUAAUUGGUCCGAUAAUCGACUUGUAUUUUCCAGCAUUAGCCAACGUCAGUUUAAUCCAAUUAGGAGACACUUUUCUACGAUACAAUUCGGUCAACAAAUUGGUAAAAUAUGCUUUUGACGAAUAUCAAAACGAUACUUUAAGCGAAUUGGAACCGAUACAGGUAUCUGAAGACGAUCACAUAUCUUUCGAAAGUCUACGAAUUAUAGUCGAUAGCUUCGAAAAAAACCUUCACUCGCUUUACUUGAAAAUUGAAGAUGACGAUACAGCGAAUGAUACAUCAAUACCAUUAUCGCAUUGGGCGAUCGUAUACGAUGCUCUGAAUACGGACGUUGGUCAGUAUUUGAAAUUAAUAUCGAGUCGAAAUGGCUCGAACGAGUACGAAAAUUUACCUUGGAUCGACUAUCGACAAAAUACCACCAACUUAGCAGAAAACGAUACCAUGUUGAGUUCGUCUUUAAAAGACUUCCUAUCUGGAAACACAACCAACGGGACUGAUUAUUGCUUCGGGUCCAGAAAAGGGGUCUUGUCUCGGUCCGUUUCAGAGAAUUGUUCGUUAGAAGAAAUCUCCAAUUCGUCUAGCUCUGACUCGAGUCAUGACUUCGUGAGCAUGCCAAUUUCAGCCCCCUCUCCCACUUCAACGUUUUCAGACUCGGUAGAGAAAAAUGAUCUCAGUACUGAUUCGGGUCAUCCACUCGUCAAAGGACAGAACAGAAUCUCGUCACAUCAACGACUACAUCACCACGUUGGUCAAACGAAAAACAAAAAUCGUUGCGACAAAGAUAGGCCCCCGUCCCCGUACAAUUCUUGCGAUUUGAGAAUCCUUAUUGGAGCUCCAUCUCGAAUUGGAUCCUCCACCCUACCAAAACCGUAUCAAACAACAGCUAAUUUUGAAGAUACCGAAUCGAAAAAAAAUGCUAGAAAUCGUUCGAAUAAAUUAACAGACCUCAUCAAUGAUAUAAUCUUGAAAACAAAAAAUCGAAAUUCAAAAAAUUCUGCAUCUGAUCAGUUGGUUUCAAGUGUGAGAAAAAAUGAUAUCCAGCCUACGACUGUAAGUUUCACAGAUAGCACUUUGAUAGAAGAGUUGAAAAAUAAUUUUGAAUCUUCUCGUACACGAGUUGUAAAUUAAUUUAUUAAUAAAAAUAUGAAUAAUGUAAUUUGACAUAUAUUUUAUAAUCGAAGUAAAUGCAAAUCUAGACUAAUAUGAGAGUAUAAGCACGAUGUGAAGAAUAGGUAGCUAUUUAAUACGUAAAAUAAACCAUAUUUAGCACGUAUGUGACCUUGGAAAAAAAUUCGUAAUCGAUUUCGUGAAAACAAUAACAAUGUACCUACCUACUUAGAUAUUUAUCAUUGUAACUGAAAGUGAACUGAUUUCAUUUUAGACAUAAUAAAUUUCGUGUCGUUAUGUAGCUAUCGUACAAAAUGCAUCGAAGUUUGAUUUUUUUCGUCGUUUUAUAUCAGGCAGACGCCUGUAUCGAUCUGCUGGCACGAUCAUUCAACGAAGUAUUCAGCCCAAUGAUCGAAACCGGAGAUGGCCGAAUACAAAAACCCCACAACGUGGACGAUUUGACCGAUUACUACAAAGUCGACGAAUCAGGAGGCAUCGUACCAAACAUCCAUCUCGUAGGACAUCCUCUUCAACAUUUACUAAACCACGAUCGAGCAAAACCAGUACUAGAGGACGAAGAUUUACUGCUCCAGUCGAGGAAUUCUGAUCAUAAGCUUCAAAGUCGAACAACCACCGCUCCUGAUUCUGGUGAUGGAGAAAUCAGCACUGCAGAUCAAGAUCAGGAAAACACUAUUCCAUCAUCAUCCGGGUCUCAAAAUGGUACACGUAAAAAGUACAAGUAUCGAGGAGGUAAUUAUGUUCCUGGGAGAAGACCUAUCGUUGAUUUUUUCAUCAAGCUGAUUGAAAUGUUUCAAUUAACGUCCGAAUCAAAAUUCAUCACUUCUCGUCCGAGAUAUGGUAAUGGUCAAUUGCAAUAUGUGCCGAAUACCUAUCACGAUAUUUAUUGAAGAGUUCGAGUCAAUUCUCUAAAUAUAAUUUAUUUUUGUUAUUUAUACCUAAAUUAAUUUUCGUCCUUGGGAGCUGAAAAAUUGUGUUCUUUAGCUUCCACUUUGAAUAAAAAUUCCCCUUGAUUUAAUUUUCAGAGAAAAGAAUAAAAAUUUUGAAAGAAUUUCAGAUGAAUUUUGCAAUUAUCAAGAGUAGGUAUUUAUUAUUUUAAAUAAAUUUUUGUACAAUU